ACCUGCCUUGUGUAUUUACCUGCUUUCUAUAUUCAAAUGCUAAAACAGGAAAAGCUCGUGCGCCGUCAGGAAGUUGAGGGAUUCUUAUUUACGCUUUAAUUUGGCUUGAACCUUCAACAGCAUAAACAUAUAUAUAUAUAUAUAUAAAAAAAAAAAAGAAAAUGCCAAAUCUCCAGAAAGGCACCAAAACCAGGUACGCAAUGCCUUCUUCUCAGACAGUAUGGAUGUUAAUUGCUUGGUCAUUGGGCCUCAUCGCUUUGGCCUUAAUUACAACGUCGAUAGGAACUGACUAUUGGUACGAGUUCAGUAGCCAAGGCAACGACAAUAAGACGAAAGUUACCAAUGUCGGUAUGUGGCGGACGUGCACGAAGAUACAGGUUAACGAUGGCUGGCACCAGAAAGAAUGUGAGAACAUUGUACUAUUCGAGGAAACCGCUAAUCUCACAGAAACCCAAGAAACAUUACAAUGUAAGUUGAAGUUUAUUUCUGUUAUUGGGCAGUCUCCACUUAUUUGAAGGCGAUGGGCGAGGAUGGAG